AUGAUGCAUGGAUACCUUUUUGCUGAAGGAAUAUAUGUACAGAGGAAAAGAGUUCGUGAGACCCUUUCAUCUUUAACAGAUAGAAUCGAAAAGAAGAAACCCAUAUCAAGAAGGGUAUACAAAGUACCAACUCCCAAUAGUUUAUGGCACAUGGAUGGUCAUAUGAAAUUGGCAAGGUGGGGAAUUACUACACAUGGAUGUGUAGAUGGGUUUUCAAGGUGCAUUGUUUAUCUACAUGCUUCCUUAAACAACAGAGCAGCUACAGUUUUUAAACGUUUUCUUAUGGCAACUCUUUUAUAUGGAAUGCCAUCUACAGUGAGAUCGGAUCAUGUAGGUGAAAACAAACUGGUUGCCUUGUUUGUAAAUCUCGUAAAAGGUUGUGCACAUCACAUAACAGGGAGUUCCGUGCACAACGAGAGGAUAGAAAGAUUGUGGAGGGAUGUGCACACACAAGUUACAAGCUUCUUCUGUAGCACAUUCUAUGCCCUUGAAGACAGUGGGAAAUUGGACAUAAACAAUCAAAAUGACAUGUUAGCUCUGCACUUUGUCUAUUUGCCUGAAAUUAAUCGUCGACUUUCCCUGUUUCAUAGCUGCUGGAACCAACAUUCCAUAAGAACAGAGGGAAACAAGACCCCAGAGCAGUUUUUUAUUACUGGAACGCUUACAAACAGCAGCAAAAACAGCUCUGCAAUAAAAGGCAUAACAAUUCGAGAGGACAUGGCACUGGAUGAAAAAUUCGAGGCAGUCAAGAUGUUCAUUUAUACCUCAGCAUGA